AUCAAACCAUGAAGAGCAUGAGCACCGACUCUUCUUCUUUUUCCGGCUACGACUUGGCUAGUCCUGGAGGCAGCAGCGGCAGAGCCAAGCCACGGUCUAUUGGUUCUGACGGUUCGACGGGCCAAAGAGAUGUGAUAAGAGUCGUGUUGUUGCUCACAACCGUUGCACUUUCUUGUCUUUUGGUCUAUCAAUCUAUUGAUAAGCCUGUCCAAGUGAUGUUGCCUCAAUGGAAAACCAAUUGGUAUUCACAAAACGAAACUUCUUCAAAACAGAUACAACAAACAAAACCGGUUUCAGAGCUAGAGAGAGUACUGAUCAGCGCCGCUAUGGAGGACAACACGGUAAUCAUAACGGCGUUAAACAAUGCCUGGACGGCUCCAAACUCCACGUUUGAUUUGUUUCUAGAGAGUUUUCGGACUGGACUAGGGACCGAAAGGUUACUGAAACAUGUGAUUGCAGUUUGCUUGGACAGCAAGGCAUAUGACCGUUGUUUACAGCUUCAUCCUAAUUGCUACUUAAUCAAUGCCACUGAUUCUGAUGAGCUCUCGGGAAGAAACAAGUUCAUGUCUCCCGGUUACUUGAAACUCAUUUGGCGGCGAAUGGAUCUGCUAAGGGAAGUUCUCGGUUUUGGCUAUAACUUCCUAUUCACGGAUGCAGAUAUCUUAUGGCUCCGGGAUCCAUUUCCCCGGUUCUUUUCCAACAUUGAUUUCCAAAUAUCUUGUGAUGACUACAACGGAAAACCUUCUGACAAAAGCAAUCACGUGAACUCCGGAUUCACAUAUGUCAAGGCCAACAAUAAAACCAUAAAGUUCUACGAUUAUUGGUGCGAAUCGAGCAAGAGAUUCCCUAGAAGACACGACCAAGAUGUUUUCAACUCCAUCAAGAACGAACCAUUUGUUGUGGAACUCGGGAUCACGAUGAGGUUCUUGGACACAGUUUACUUCGGUGGGUUUUGUGAGCCGAGCCGAGACAUCAACGUGGUUAAUACAAUGCAUGCAAAUUGUUGUGUUGGUUUGGACAACAAAGUGAAGAAUCUUAAAUCCGCUCUUGAGGAUUGGAAGCGAUAUUUGUUGGUGAAUACGACGGUGACCGAGACUAAGUGGAAUAUUCCACCAAGAUGUGGUUAUUAG